AUGCCCGAGAUUGAUGUGGAGAAAAAAAUGCGACGAACAUCGUAUGAAAAGGCAAACGAUCCAACAUUAAUGGUGGAUGUUUGUCCAAUUCCCGCAAGAGGAAUCAAUGCUAAACUUUUCGCUGAAGAUGGAUGUUAUUUAUUGGAUUGUCAAGAGAAAAAUGAUAAGAUUUGUGAGCAAUUUGCGUUUUUUGACAAGUUAUCCGAUAAGAAAUCAGCUCCAGCCACUCUUGUAUCAGCUGUUUGGAUGUUACAAGCGGUGAUUGCACAGUUAUUUCUAAACUAUUGGCAAAGGGAUCUUUGCUUCGAGCGCUUUUUCCAUGUCUAUCGACACUCGAAAAUCACCGAUAUCGAUGUGUUUGAUGAGGCUCGAGAUCAUGCAGCAAAGCGGAAUUCUCGUCGUUUUCGCAUUGUCGAGACCUACGUUUUAUUGACCGGAUUCACUUAUGCAAUGGCUUCGUUUUUCCGAUGGACAGAUCAAAUGAUGAGCCAUCAUUAUCUUUAUCUUCGAGCGUCAAGCAGUGAAGAAAUGUCAGAAGAACUUCAAUUAUUGAUUGGUGUACACACGGGAUUAAAUAAAUCCGUUCGAUCUGUCGAUGAAAUUUUCAAGAUUUACGCGUUUUUGAUGAUCGCCACAGUUAUCCCGACAACACUUCUCACUUUGGUGAUGGUUCUCACAAGGAACUCAUCAAUGGGAGUAUUCUUGAGCAUUCCUUGUGUCGCUUUUUGUAUCUACAGCUAUUAUGGAACAAUGAUCACUCCGGCAAGACUUCAUGAAGAAUUAAACAAGUCGAAAUCGACUCUUUGUAUGAACAAUCAUGUAUGGGUUCCGUAUGACAAAAAAGUGAACAAGAUGACGGUCACCGUAUUGAUGGUGGCUGAAAAGCCGAUGUUGGCCGAUUCGAUCGCGCAAAUUCUCUCAAAUGGAAAAGCCUCAAAAAGAAAAGGGUGGAACAACGUUUGUUCGGUGAGCGAAUAUUCGGGUCGAUUUCAAAAUCAAGAUGCUCGCAUUAAAGUGACAUCAACAUGCGGACACGUGAUGAGCGUCGAUUUUCCUCCAAAAUUCAACAAUUGGGAUCGCACCGAUCCGGCCGAUCUCUACUCGGCACCAAUUCAAAAAAACGAGGCGAAUCCGGCUAUGAAAAUGCCAAAUUAUCUUGCCUCGGAAGCGAAAGGAGUCGACUACCUUGUGCUGUGGCUGGAUUGCGAUAAAGAAGGCGAAAAUAUUUGUUUUGAAGUUAUCGAUGCCGUAAAAAGUAACAUGAAAGUAAACGGCCGAGGUGAUGUUAUGGAUAAUGUUUAUCGAGCUCAUUUCUCGGCAAUCACAGACAAGGACAUCAAAGCGGCGAUGAAUAAUUUGGGACGCCCGGAUUUGAAUCAAUCAUUAUCUGUUGAUGCUCGUCAAGAAUUGGAUUUGCGCAUCGGUUGCUCAUUUACACGCUUUCAGACAAAGUAUUUUCACGGCAAAUAUGGCGACCUAGAUAGCAGUUGUAUUUCAUUUGGACCUUGCCAAACACCGACAUUGGCUUUUUGUGUGACAAGACAUGAUCAAAUCACACAGUUCAAACCCGAGCAAUACUGGGUUUUACAAACAGCAUUUUUGCCGUUGAAUGGUAGCGGUGAUAUUCGGCCAGAAUGGAAUCGAGGCAGAAUUUUCGAUCGAGAAGUAGCACAACUAUUUUGUGAACGAGUAAAGAAAACCGGGAAGGCAAUCGUGAUAGAAAUCUCGAAAAAGGAAUCAAGAAAAGAAAAACCUCAAGCUCUAAAUACGGUGGAAUUGCUUCGAGUGGCUUCAAGUGCUUUGGGAAUGGGACCAUCACAUACGAUGAGCACUGCCGAACAUCUUUAUACACAAGGCUACAUUUCGUAUCCGAGAACGGAAACCACGUCGUACCCGACCAAUUUUGAUUUGAAGGGACCUUUAUCGCAACAAUCUGGCGACAGCAAAUGGGGAGCUGUUGUGGCACGGAUACUCAACGAAGGCAUAAAACGACCGCGAGGCGGCGAUGAUAAAGGCGACCAUCCGCCGAUUACCCCAAUGAGACCACGAGGCAAUUUGUCUGGAGACAUGCUGAGAAUCUACGAGUACAUCACGCAGCAUUUCAUUGCAACUUUAAUGGGUCCUUGUAUUUAUGAAGUCACCACUAUCAAACUGGCAGUUGGAAAAGAGGAGUUUCAACUCGUCGGAAGAACAACAGUUGAUCCCGGGUUUUCAGAAGUAAUGGCUUGGCUGUCAGUUGACGAUGAAGACUCGAGAGCCCCAAAUUUGAAGAAAGGCGAUACGUUGGAGUUGAAAGAUGCUCAAUUGGUUGCUCGAGAAACAUCACCACCAUCAUAUUUGACUGAAUCUGAGCUGAUUACUUUGAUGGAAAAACAUGGCAUUGGUACAGAUGCUUCAAUUCCUGUGCAUAUCAACACAAUUUGUCAGCGCAAUUAUGUGACGGUAGAAUCAGGCCGACGCCUUAUCCCAACUCCACUUGGAAUUUCAUUGAUUCACGGAUAUUGGAAAAUCGACAGCGAGCUUGUGCUUCCAACAAUGAGAUCCGAAGUUGAGAAACAACUGACUCUCAUUGCAAAAGGCGAAGCCGAUUACUAUGCUGUAAAGAAUCACGCGUUAGAAAUGUUCAGACAGAAGUUUGUCUUCUUUGUGCAAAAUAUAGCGACGGUUGACACGCUUUUUGAGGCUUCAUUUACGACUCUUGCGGCUGCCGGGAAACCAUUUAGUAAAUGCGGAAAAUGUCGAAGAUAUAUGAAACUAGUGGAAAGUCGACCAAUCCGCUUAUAUUGUCCAAAUUGUCAGGAGACUUACAACCUUCCUUCUUUCAAAGAUGGUCAAAUUAGACUUCACGGGGACAAGAAAUGCCCAUUAGACGAUUUCGAUCUAGUCUAUUGGCAAGGUUCUGGUGGAAAGUUGGCUCGAUCAUUUGCCCUAUGUCCAUGUUGCUACAAUGAGCCGCCAUUUCCAGAGAUGGGACAAGGAAAAGGAUGUGAUCAUUGUCCUCAUCCUUCAUGCACGAAUUCUUUCAUGACACAAGGUGUUUGUGGUUGUGUACAAGAGAAUUGUAAUGGUGUCUUGAUGCUCGACCCACAAUCGCAUCCAAAAUGGCGGCUUCAAUGCAACAAGUGUCCUUCUGUUGUCGGCCUUUUUGACAGUGCAUCAAAGGUUCGUGUGACGGAGAAAGAAUGCGAUGGAUGUUCAGCUCAAAUGCUUAAUGUUGAAUACAAUAAGGAGAAAAGUCCUCUUCCGGAUGGAGCCACAACGUGGACAGGAUGUCCUUUUUGCGAGGAAUCGGUGAAGAGUUUAAUCAAUCUCAAUCACGCUUACAUUACGUCAGAUCAACAACAAAGGCUUUCAACAACAAGAGGGCGAGGUGGUCGAGGUCGUGGAAGAGGUGGACGAGGUGGACGAGGCGGGGGAAGAGGUGCAAGAGGAGGAACAACAAGGGGAAGAGGACGA